AUGCCCAGAGAAUACUCGAGGGAGAAGCGGUCUCCUUUUGAUUCCACGACGACCAGUAAACGAAAAUACCACGAAGGCUCGGAAGACUCUCAACCAGCAAAGAAGAAGAAGAUCCACCCUCCCAAACACGAACACAACCACCCCUCCGUGAAUGAGUUGAAGAAGCGCAUCCGAGAUGUCAAGCGUCUGCUCAACAGGGUCGACCUGCCAGCCGAUGCGCGCAUUGUCCAGGAGCGUGCGCUCGCGGGGUACGAGAAGGAUCUCGAGGACGAGUUGGCGAGACGCCAUCGGUCCCAGAUGAUCAAGAAGUAUCAUUUUGUUCGAUUCCUCGGUAUGAGAAUCCGACUACAAUUCGAUGAUGAUCUGGAGCUAAUAUGGACGAUCGCAGACCGAAAAGCGGCCUCAAAAGACCUCAAGCGUCUCCUCCGCCGCGAACAGGAAAUCUCCAAUUCCGAUCUCGACCCAGCAGCCAAGAAAGAGAAAAUAGCUGCUCUCGCAGGGAAGAUCCACGCCGCGCAGGUGAAUCACAACUACACAAUCUACUACCCGCUUACGCAGAAAUAUGUCGCGCUCUACGCAGAGCAGAAGAAGAAAAAGAAGGAGUCCACUACACAAUCGGAGAAGCCGAAUGAGCCUGAAGCAGAAGUUGUCAGCAAACUUAUAUAUGACACGACGGGUGAGAGACCGCCCAUGUGGCGUGUCGUUGAGAAGUGCAUGGAAGAUGGGACACUGGAUCUCCUCCGUGAAGGGAAAUUGGACGAUGGUGAAGGCGAGAAGAGUUCACAAGUGUCCGAGCAGAAGAAGUCGAAGAAAAGCGCGGAUGAGGAUCAACCUGCACGCAACAAGCCCAGUAAGGAAAAGGUCUCCGACAAGGCUAGUGGAAAGUCGAGAAAAGCAGAGGGCAAGCAAGACAGGAAACCCAACCGGUCCGCGGCAAUGGAGGGCGCAUACUGGAGUGCUAAUGAGCUCAAUGAUGAUGAUAAUGAGAGUGACGGUGGUUUCUUCGAGGAGUGA